AUACUCAGACGUUUCUGUGUCUUGUGUGAGUCGGUCUGACGAAGGGUCUCGACAGGAGACGUCACUCAUUUCCUUCCCUCCGGAGAUGUCGCCCGUCCCGCUGAGUUACUCCAGCGUUUUGUGUUUGGUGUGCAAGUGUGUACAUCGCAACGAAACAAAUUGUCCCGGGACAUGUCUAGACCAGUCAUUGUUGGAUUCUGGCUCCUUGCUGGUUUCUGGCUGAAUUAUUGCUCAAACCAACUUUUUUCUUAAUUAACAAAACUGGCUUUCCCACGCUAGCUGUGUUUCUGGGAACUCGGAAAGAGACGCCAAACUGGGAAUUAGAUCCCAACACAUCUGUGGACUGUGGUACAGCAGGCAGUGAAGAAAGCUAAUGGAAUGUUGGCCUUCAUAACAAGAGGAUUUCAGUAUAGGAGUAGAGAGGUUCUUCUGCAGUUGUGUAGACAAUAGGUGCAGGAGGAGGCCAUUCGGCCCUUUAAGCCAGCACCGCCAUUCAUUGUGAUCAUGGCUGAUCAUCCCCAAUCAGUACCCCGUUCCUGCCUUCUCCCCAUAUCCACUGACUCCGCUAUCUUUAAAAGCCCUAUCUAGCUCUCUCUUGAAAGCAUCCAGAGAACCGGCCUCCACCAGGCAGAGAAUUCCACAGACUCACAACUCUCUGUGAGAAAAAGUGUUUCCUCGUCUCUGUUCUAAAUGGCCGACCCCUUAUUCUUAAACUGUGUGUGUGUGUGGCCCCUGGUUCUGGACUCCCCCAACAUCGGGAACAUGUUUCCUGCAUCUAGCGUGUCCAAGCCCUUAACAAUCUUGUAUGUUUCAAUGAGAUAUCCUCUCAUCCUUCUAAACUCCAGAGUGUACAAGCCCAGCCGCUCCAUUCUCUCAGCAUAUGACAGCCCCGCCAUCCCGGGAAUUAACCUGGUGAACCUACGCUGGGCUCCCUCAAUAGCAAGAAUGUCCUUCCUCAAAUUAGGGGACCAAAACUGCACACAAUACUCCAGGUGUGGUCUCACUAGGGCCCUGUACAACUGCAGAAGGGCCUCUUUGCUCCACUGCUCGACGAUUCUUGUUGUGAAGGCCAACAGGCCAAAACUGCACACAAUACUCCAGAUGUGGUCUCACUAGGGCCCUGUACAACUGCAGAAGGGCCUCUUUGCUCCACUACUCGACGAUUCUUGUUGUGAAGGCCAACAGGCCAUUGGCUUUCUUCUCUGCCUCGGUGUCUAACUCCACUGUAAACUUUCUGUUCCAGAUGGAUCUGGCUUAUCAAUGUGACACCUGCCCACUCCGCGGAAUGUACACCGGCUCGGCGGUCCGUAGCUUCAGAUCGGGAUCGGUUAUUGCUGAUGUGGCGGCCAACUUUAACGAUUCCGCUACAAACCAGAAUCAGGUCCUGGACGGUUUUAACGACGCGUUGGUUGGUGGCGAGAUCGAUGGUUUGAGGAUCGACCGAGUAAGAGUGGAUCUGGCCACACCUCCCACCACUGCGGCCCCAACUGAAGAGAGUUUUGUGGUGCCAGGAUGGGGAAUCGCUCUACUGGUCAUCGCUUGUGUUGUCCUCCUCAUCCUUCUGGUUGCCAUCAUCCUGUUUUUGAUCUACUUUUGCCGGCGUAGAACGCGCAAGCAGUUUGAACUGUUCGGCUCUCGAGGGUCGUACGUGCCCAUGGCUGACCGUAACGAAUAUCCACACUACACAUCGCACAGCAGGUUCACAGCACCCGAAGCUGGCAAGGAACAGGUAUCCCGUAACGGGAAGAACACUUACUCCUACACCAACCACGCCGCGGAGUCCGACAACUUGUGAGCGGGAAGCGCGAGGUGCGGGAAAGCCGCCUCCGACGCACCACGCAGUCCGACGGCGGCGACCAAAGUGGUUAUUUUAUAUCCAUUAUUAUUAUUAUCUUAUCUUCAAAAAAGAACUUUCAAAGAUAUCUUUUCAAAAGGAAUGUCGGAUUUCCUCAACUGCCAACGCCUGGAGCCGAGAACGAUGUGGGUGCUCGGUGAACUGUUUUGCACAUUUUUGUUUUAAUUAAGUGUAUGAUAUUCGGGGAGGGGGGUCGGGCUGAACUGGCUGCAAUUAAAUAAUGACGAGUGAUGGUAUAGGCUAUGGGAAGAGGACGGAAUGACCACUGAAAAGUAUGGGAGGGCAAGAAACGUAGACAAUAGGUGCAGGAGUAGGCCAUUCGGCCCUUCGAGCCUGCACCGCCAUUCAAUGUGAUCACGGCUGUUCAUCCAACACAGUAUCCCGUACCUGCCUUCUCUCCAUACCCCCUGAUCCCUUUAGCCACAAGGGCCACUAUCUUUGUAAUGAAUCAACGAAUGGAAUCCAUGUCUUCGAAAAUUGCUCUGGUUUUCCUGCUAAUACAAAUCUCAUAUUUUCAGGAUCCCCUUAGCCACAUCUAACUCCCUCUUAAAUAUAACCAAUGAACUGUGUGGCCUCAACUACCUUCUGUGGCUGAGAAUUCCAGAGAUUCACCACUCUCUGUGUGAAAAAAAAUGUUAUUCUCAUCUCGGUCCUAAAAGACUUCCCUCUUAUCCUUAAGCUGUGUGUGUGGCCCCUUGUUCUGGACUUCCAGAUUCAGAUUCAGAUUCAAUUUUAAUUGUCAGUGUACAGUACAGAGACAACGAAAUGCAUUUAGCAUCUCCCUGGAAGAGCGACAUAGCAAACGAUUUGAAUAAAUAAUAAUAAGUGUCCGGGGGGGGUGGUGAUUGGCAGUCACCGAGGUACGUUGUUGAAAAGCAAGUGGCCCGUACGGGGAUCGAACCCGCGACCUUGGCGUUAUUAGCACCACGCUCUAACCAACUGAGCUAACCGGCCCUACGCCCAACAUCGGGAACAAUCUUCCUGCAUCUAGACUGUGUGACCCCUUGUUCUGGACUUCCCCAACAUCGGGAACAAUCUUCCUGCAUCUAGCCUGUGUGACCCCUUGUUCUGGACUUCCCCAACAUCGGGAAGAAUCUUCCUGCAUCUAGUCUGUCCAACCCCUUGAGAAUUUUGUACGUUUCUAUAAGAUCCCCCCUCAAGUGUGUGUGUGUGUGUGUGUGUGGGACUGGUGUGUGUGGGGUGAAGAAGAUGGCUGUUUUGAACAAGAUGUGGUGGGGUAAAUGGCGGUCUGUGUAGUAUACCAAUUGCCCAAGUCCAUGCAAGUUGUAGUGGUGUACAAGAACCACUGCCGUAUGGUGUAGGAAGGACUAUGGAUGCUGGUGGCUCAAACCGAAGAUAGGCACAAAAGGCGGGGCACAAACUCAGUGGGGACAGGCAGCAUCUCUGGAGGGAAGGAAUGGGUCAGUCUAAAGAUGGUUCUCGACCUGAAACGGGUCAAGAACGGGUCUCUGGUUUGCUUGCUAGUUGACCUGCCCUGCCUUGUGGUACCGAACCACUGGGUCUCUGUGCAAACUGCAGUCCUGUCCAGGAAUCGCAAGGAAGGGGCUUAGCAUUCCUUGGUAGAGGCAGCUUCCAAAGUAUUGGAUUGGCUGUCUGCAGCAGGAAGAGAGGUGGCAGGCCCAGAUUGACUCCUCACUUCUCUGGAAGUAGGCCAUUCGGCCCUUCGAGCCUGCACUGCGCCACUCAAUAAGAUCAUGGCUGAUCAUCCAACUCGGUAUCCUGUACCUGCCUUCUCUCCAUACCCCCUGAUCCCUUUAGCCACAAGGGCCACAUCUAACUCCCUCUUAAAUAUAGCCAAUGAACUGUGGCCUCAACUACUUUCAUCCAAAACCAGUACUUUCUCUCCAUAUCCUUUGAUUCCGUUAGCCCCAAGAGCUAAAUCUACCUUGAACACAUACAGUGAAUCGGCCUCCACUGCCUUCUGUGGCAGAGAAUUCCACAGAUUCACAACUCUCUGUGUGAAAACAUUUUCUCUCAUCUCGGUCCUAAAUGGCCGACCCCUUAUUCGUAAACUGUGUGUGGCCCCUGGUUCUGGACUCCCCCAAGCAUCAGGAGCAUGUUUCCUGCCUCCAGCGUAUCCAAUCCUUUAAGAAUUUUAUAGGGUUCUAUAGGGUCUCCACUCAUCCUUCUAAAUUCCAGUGAAUACAAGCCCAGUCGAACGAUUUUUAUGUUUUCCCAUCAUUGUUGGCUGGCAACGUGACAAUAUAAUCUUUAAGAAGGAACUGCAGAUGCUGGAAAAUCGAAGGUAGACAAAAAUGCUGGAGAAACUCAGCGGGUGAGGCAGCAUCUAUGGAGCGAAUGAAAUGGGCAACGUUUCGGGUCGAGG